ACGCUGUCACUGUCGUUUGGCAUUCCCGCGCACGUUACUGCCGAAUGAGAACGUUUCGCGCCAUUUCUUGAAAAUCGAAUACGUCGCGAGUGUUGACAUUUGUUAAUAGUUUUUUUUUAUUAAUUAAACAAAAUAGCCAUGGAACACCAUCACCAUGCAAUGGAGGCAGUAUCGCACAACCACGAGGAGCAGGCCAUCGCCCCCAGCAGCUGUCACGGGGACCACGGGCAUGCUAUGGUGUUCCACGCCGGCGUAGUCCAGGAGAUCCUCUUCAAAGGCUGGGAGACCUCCAACGCGUUAGAACUGUUCGGCUCCUGCGUGGCCAUCUUUGUGGCCAGCGUGCUGUACGAGGGCUUCAAGUAUUAUCGGGAGACGCUGUUUGAGAAGGCGGCCCUCGCGGCCACUGCUGACUCGCAAGUCAAUAUCGCCAAGAACGAAAAUGGAACGAAUAGAUCCUGUCACACGAGGCGGACUACUUACACAAUGUUCUCGAGCGGCCACAUAUACCAGACGGGUCUCUACUUCGUGCAAGCCUGGGUGUCCUACAUACUGAUGCUUGUCUUCAUGACGUACAACGUGUGGCUUUGCCUAGCUCUGGUCCUUGGUCUAGCGCUCGGUUACUUCCUCUUCGGCUGGAGAAAGACAACGGCCAUAGACAAUAGCGAAUGUUGCAUGUAAACCACAGAUUAACAAGAAUAUUGUAUAGAUAACAAGAUAUUAUUUAUGACGAUGUAGAUAAUAAACAUUCAAUGGUUAAAGUGAUGGACAAUGUUUGAGCGAUGCUUGUAACAUUAUUAAAUUGUAUAUCUUCAAAAGUGUAUAACAAUCUUUACAAAUAUGGCAAAUCUGUUUGUAUACUUCGUGGUUAAGAUUAUAAAUCAGAUUUUGGGUAUUUGGCGGGAAAAAUUGUAUUUAAAAAUAAUUUUGAUGAUAUUGAAACAAUAAAAUAAUGACCGUAUUCGCUUGUUCAUGUCUUGUAUGUAAUUAAAUACAAUUCAACGGAGAAUGAGAAAGGAUAUCGUUAAUUAUUAUAAUUAAUGAACUGCUACACAUUCCCAAUGCAAUGCAAUGUUUAUUGAUAGUACAUUAAGAAUAUAAUUAUUCUUAAAUACAUAGUAACCAUUACGUUAAGAUAAUCCCAGGAAAAAA